AUGAAAGGACUUCUUGUUGCUGUUCUUUCUUUAGCUGCUGCUUCCUCUACUGUCUUGGCUGGCGCACACAAUCACCACCAGCAAUCUUUUGCCUCAAGGCCCGUCGAUCCUGAAGGUCAAUUUCCCCGUUUAGGUGCUUGUCCUGAUCCUCAUGCUUGUAUUUUCCCUCCUGAUGUAUCAACUUUCCUUCCUGGCGCAUACUUUGAUUUGAGAGUUGAACUUCAUGCCUACGACAAGGAUAGGUCCAAGCCUACUCCUGCUCCUUACAAACACUUUAAGACAACCAUCCGCAAGAAUAAGGGUAAUUGGGUCGAUCUCAACAAGUUCUUCAAGCUCAAGUCCGAACCCAAGCUUGAAAGCUGGAAGUUCAAUUGGACUGAUUCAAUUGAAACACAGUAUGCUUCUGAUCUUCAAAAUGGUCGUAAGCCUGUUGAAGUUGCUGUUGCUUCACGUGCUUGGAGAAAAUUGAAGCUUACUGAACCUGGUACUUAUGAGGUCAAAGUCCAAUAUGGGCCCAAGAAAUCAUAUACUGUACAAUACGAAGUUGUCCAGCCCAAAAAGAAGGCAAAGAAUGUUAUUUUAUUUAUUUCUGAUGGUACUAAUGUUGGUAUGAUCACCGCUGCUCGUGCUCUUGCUCGUAAGCACACUUCUGGUAAAUAUCAUAGCUUGCUUUCAUUUGAAGACUUUGAUAACCUUGGUCACGUCAUUACCAACUCUGUCGACAGUCUUUUAACAGACUCUGCAAACUCUGCCUCUUCCUAUGCUACUGGCCACAAGAGUUCCGUCAAUGCCUUGGGUGUUUACGCUGACUCCUCCAGUGAUCCCUUCGAUGAUCCCAAGGUUGAAUUGAUUACCGAAUUGAUUCGUCGUCGUCAACCCAAGAAAGCCAUUGGUAUUGUUUCUACUGCUUUUGGCCAAGAUGCUACUCCCUCUGCCUUCAUCUCUCACACUCGUCAAAGACAUACUGCUGCUGAAAUCACAGAUCAACUCUUGCACGGUGUUCAUAACUGGACUAAGGCUGUUCUUCCUGAUGUCUGGUUAACUGGCGGCGCCGAGUACUUUAAGGGCUCCAAAGCCUUAAAUGGCAAUGAUUAUUACAAGGACUUCAAGAAGGCUGGCUAUAACCUUGUUUUCAACAAGAAGGAGCUCUUGUCCAAUAAGAAGAAGAAUGACAAGCUCUUGGGUGUCUUCCGCACUGGCAACCUCGACGUUUGGUUUGAAAGAAAUAUGUAUAUCAACAACACUGUUGGCAACAAGGCUCGCCCUGACUUGAGUGGCAAGGACGCUUUAGGCUCUGAGCAACCUGGCCUCUCUGAAAUGACGAUUGCUGCUUUAGAAGUCUUGAAGAAACGUGGUGGUGAUCAUGGUUUCUUCAUGAUGUCUGAGGCCGCCUCUGUUGAUAAGCAGCUUCACACAUUCGAUUUUCCUCGUGCUUGGGCUGAACUUAUUGAACUUGAUGUUACUAUCAAGAACACCAUCAAAUGGCUCAAGAAAAAUGGCGAAUAUGAAGAUACCUUGAUUCUUGUUACUGCUGACCAUGCUCACUCCUUUGACGUCUGGGGUACUAUUGACCAAAACUAUAUCCGCAACCACAAUAGUAAUGGUGAGAUGCGUAACUCCAUUGGUACUUAUGCACGUGCUGGAUUCCCUGGCUACUUUGAUAAAAACAACGAUGGCUUCCCUGAUAACUUUUCUCCCAAGAUCACAUUGGCUGCUGGUACAUCUAAUGGCCCUGACCAUUUUGAAGCAUGGCAAACUACCACCAAGGGUCCCCGUAACCCCACUGUUAAAGAUAAGAAUGGCCAUUACAUUGUGCUACAACUCACUUUAACCUUAGCUGGUCUUCCAUGGAGCGGUAACCUUCCUCAUGACCAUGAUCAAGGUGUUCACUCUAUGAGUGAUGUCUUUAUUUAUUCUAAUGGUCCUAGCUCAGAUCUUUUCAAAAAAACAUUUGAAAACUGGGAUCUUUUCUUCAAGAUGGCUGAAGCCAUGGACUUGCAAAGACCUGGCAAGGACGAAUAG